UUUUAAAAAGAAAAUAAGAUUUUAUCCUUCAAAACCGGCGUCUCAGUCCACACACAUAAAUUUCCUUCUAACGUGUCUCAUUGACUCUUUUUCAAUUUCCCCUUUUAUCGUCCCUCUUUCUUUACCCGAUUUCCCCAUUUCGGAGCUCUGACCCAUCAUCAAGGGAUCAUCACUCCCUUUUCCCCUUUUUAUUUUUUUAUUUUUUUUCAUUUUCUAAACCCUAAUUUCUUGCUUUCUUGUUCAAUUUGUGAUUUUAUAGCAGAUCCACAAACCUUAGUUUUGAAAAUUUUCGUGUAUUUUUGGUGGUGGUUUUGGUGGUGUUAGUGGUUGGGAAGGAUAAUUAGAAUCAGACGAUUGAACUCUAAUACGUACUUCUGUAAUCAGUGACUUUAAUUGGAUCCAGAAACCCUAAAUGUUUUAUUUUGUUUUUUUGUGCAAGUUUUUGGGGGGAUGGUGGUGUUUGUAGUGUAGGAGAUUAAGAAUCAGAAGAUUGAACCCUAGUCUCUUACCUCUUUCUGCUUUCUGUGACUUUCUAUCUGAUCCAGAGUUUUAUUUUUGAGUUUGUAAAGUUGUUGUUGUUGUUGGUAUAAGUAGGGAGAGAGAUUAAGAAUCAGAAUAUUGAAUUUAUCGGCGGAUGUCGGUGGAGAGAUCAUUUGAAGCAUGGGAAGAGGUGCAGCGACACGGCCAAGAUUUGGCUGAUAAGCUUGCACAAGGUUUUACAGGUUUAAUUCAAUCUCAUAUUUCUCCUCCUUCUUUUGCUUGGCCAAAUCCUCCUACUACUAAGCUUUUCGAUGUGGAUUUCGAGUUCCCUACCCAAAAUUUUGUCCCCAAAGACUUUGGUCUUGCAAUUGAUAAUUCAGGACUUAAUGGGGUUUCUGCUAUUUUUGAUAUCGGAAAUAAAAUAGGCCAAGCUGGGGCUGAUUUUGGGGCUUGUGUUAAUGGGUUAGUUCAGCAGUUUUUUAGGGCAAUACCUGUUCCUUUUAUGCACAAUGACAAUGAUAAGGGCAUGGUUAAGCUUCAUCAUGUUGACAAUGAUGGCCAAAGAGGUGAUAUGCGUAUAUUGGUCAGAGAGGAAUUAGGUUCUUUGGCUGAACAAUGGGGUGACUUGAAGUUUUCUGAAAAAACUGAGGCGGGUGUUGAUGGUUUGGUCGAUGAUGAGCUUUCUGGAUUUAAUCUUAAGCUUGCUGGUCUUUUUGGAAAAUCUCAGGGGACUGUGAACUUGACAUCCUCUUAUGACAGUAGAACUCGUGAUAUACAAAGUUCUCUUGCUGCACGUGGAGAUUUAUGGAGACUUGAGGCAUCAAAUGGUAGUUCUACGUCAGGAUCUGAUAGUUCAUCAAUGUUUUUGGUCCAGCUUGGACCUCUGCUCUUUAUUCGUGAUUCAACACUUCUUCUGCCUGUUCAUCUGUCGAAACAACAUUUGCUUUGGUAUGGCUAUGAUAGAAAGAAUGGUUUGCACUCCCUUUGUCCUGCGGUUUGGACUAAGCACAGGAGGUGGCUUUUGAUGUCAAUGAUUUGUCUCAACCCUUUGGCUUGUUCAUUCAUGGAUCUGCAAUUCCCAAAUGGGCAGCUUACUUAUGUUGCAGGGGAGGGAUUAACUACUAGUGCAUUUGUUCCGUUUUGUGGGGGUCUGCUUCAAGCACAAGGUCAAUACCCUGGGGAAAUGAAGUUCAGCUUCUCUCAUAAGAAUAAAUGGGGAACACAAAUUACACCUAUGAUACAGUGGCCUGAUAAAUCAUUCACUCUUGGUUUUGGGCAAGACUUGGCUUGGAAGCGUUCUGGUCUUUUGGUGAGGCCAACUGUCCAGUUUAGUCUAAGCCCUACAAUUGGCGGAAGUGACCCUGGAAUACGCGCCGAACUUGUUCAUACAGUCAAGGAUAAGUUAAAUCUAAUAUAUGGGUGUUCAUACUCUGCACAUCCUUCAGCAUUUGCAUGUGUGUCUCUUGGUAGAUCCAAAUGGAAUGGGAAUGUUGGAAGCACUGGGGUUGUCGUGAGAGUCGAGACUCCGCUCUGCAAUGGCGGAAGACCGUCGUUCUCCGUGCAGCUAAAUAAUGGCAUCGAGUUUUAGCAUCUUGCCAAGUUAAUCAUGUACCUUAAAACCAAAUGUGUAUAUUCUUAACUCCCACACUUAUGAACAUAUACCUCACUAGUCACUACCCACUUGUAUAUAUUGACUUCCGAGUAAAUGCUGGUAGUCUGGCGCUUUGUAUCAUCUGAGGAUCCAUUCCGUUUUGUUUGGAUUCUGAAAUUUUGCCAUCACUUUCUAGUUUCUGGAAAUGAACUGAAUUAUAAUUUAAAA